AUGGUGCAUCUGUAUGUGACUGUGAGUAUGGUAGAUACUGCCAUAAACUUAAAUGUAGAACCGAGAUAUGUUGAAGAAUAUGUUGAUGUUGAGCCGGAGUCAGAUGCACCACCAGUGUGCCAUGAAGAAGAAAUGGUAGCUACCAACGAAUACACAGAGUUUAGAACAGAAACUGAUGACGAAUUUGAAGAGAUGGAUUUCGAUGGUUGUGAAUAUGAAGUUCCAUCUAAUACAUUUACUGAUUUAGACAUGAAUGCAGUAGAUGCCAUUCAAGAACACGAUCCAAUUAUAGUUCCAAUGGUGACUGACAACACCCAAUUGUACACGGGAAUGAUUUGUGAAAAUAAAGAAAUGCUGCAACAUAUGGUUAAGUGCUUUGCUAUUAAGAAUCACGCACCAUAUGAAGUAGUAGAGUCUACACCGACAAAGUGGGUCAUUCGAUGUAAAAAGUCGAACGAAGGUUGCAAAUGGAGACUUCGUGCAAUAAUGAAGAAAUCUCAUGGUUUAUUUGAGAUCACAAAGUUAUCUAACCAACAUACUUGCUUUUACUCAGAACUUAGUCAAAGUCAUGUGCAAUUGGAUUCUUCAAUGCUUGCACGAGAGUUUUUUGAAUUUGUCAGAGAAAAACCAUCAAUAAGUGUUGCGUCACUGCAAUCCAUGAUCAAGGAAAAGUUUGGCUACCAUGUUUCUUAUCGUAAGGCUUGGGAUGGUAAAAAAAAAGCAGUAGCCAAAGUGUUUGGCGAUUGGGAUGAGUCGUACAAAUUAUUACCUAGGUGGUUGUAUAUGGUGAAGCAUACCAAUCCUGGAACACUCGUUGAAUGGAGGGUACAGGCCACACCUAUCAAAGGCCAUGUCAUCUUAUCAUCAGUAUUUUGGGCAUUUGGUCCAUGUAUAGAAGCCUUUAGUAGAUGUAGGCCACUUAUUCAAAUCGACGGCACUCACCUGUAUGGCAAGUAUCGAGGAAAGUUAUUAAUUGCUACAUCUAUUGAUUCAAAUGGUCAUCUUCUACCAUUAGCAUUUGCUGUUGUUGAAGAAGAGUCUGCAGAUUCAUGGGGAUGGUUUUUACGACAUCUAAAACAAAUUGUGACCCAUGACGAGAUAUGCUUACUUUCCGAUCGACAUGCUGGCAUUAUAUCGGCGGUUAACAAUCCGGAUAAUGGAUGGACAGGAGCGAAUUGUCAUCAUAGAUUCUGUUUACGCCAUGUUGUCAAUCCGAAAGUUUGA